AUGCAGACCGGAAGUCGGGACUUCAGGAUACGCGUUUAUCCUGAUGGGUGCUCCGGUGAGCUGGGGAAGCAAAAGCAGUCAAGUGUGUCGCUGUCAACAAGUGAAGCUGAGUACAUUGCACUAAGUCUGGCGAUUCAAGAAGGAAAGUGGGUGCAUCGAUUGCUGUGCGAGAUUCUGGAUGCCGCAGAGGACAAGUCUGGACCCGAGCUCAAGAUCAUGGAAGACAACCAGUCGUGCAUCAAGAUGACGAAGAAUCCGGUGAACCAUGGUCGGGCCAAGCACAUCGACAUCAAGUACCACCACAUUCGUGAUGAAGUCAAGCGUGGUGAUGUCAAGUUGGAGUACUGUGAGACUACGAUCAUGUUGGCGGACAUCAUGACGAAGGGACUGCCAGGACCGCGUCACAAGGACUUGACGGCAGCGCUCGGCAUACACGCGUGUUCGCAUUGA